AUGGCUGAGGCGGAGGGAGAUGACCGCGAUAGACGGGUUAUUAAAAACGCACCCAAAGCUUGGAAAGCGGACAUCUGGGCACAUUUCGGAUUUUAUGAAGUGAAUGGGAAACUAGACAAGUCUUACGCGGUGUGUAAAAUCUGCCACACUAAAAUUAAGCACGUUGGCAAUACAACUAACUUCAUGAACCAUGUUGAUCGUUGGCAUCCUGAGUUAGCUUCAACAACAACAACAACACAAAAAGUCGACACAUCCCAGCCAAGAAUUGACGAGUCGCUAGUGUCAACAUUGCCACACAACUCCGAGAGAGCAAAGAGGAUCACACGAUCGGUGGCAUGUUUUAUAGCGAAGGAUCUACGACCCUAUUCUGUGGUAGAAAAUGCGGGGUUUCGCCACAUGCUUAAAACAAUUGAGCCCCGGUAUAAGCUACCGACAAGAGCUACCUUCAGUGAUUCCACGCUUCCCACAUUGUACAAAGAAACCAAAGCAAAGGUAAUGGAAUCAAUGUGUAAAGCCAGACGUGUAGCCAUUACAAGUGAUGCCUGGACUUCAGUCGCAACAGAGUCCUAUGUAACCAUAACAUCACAUUAUAUUAGCGAGGAUUGGAAGAUUGUAUCACAUGUGCUGCAGACGAGAGCAGUUUAUGAGAGCCACACUGGUGCUCAUAUGGCAAGGCUACUCUUGGAUGUUGUGGAGGAAUGGCAGCUUACAGAUAAAAGUGUUGUGCUGGUGACGGACAACGCCGCUAAUAUGAUUAGUGCUGCUGAAAUUGGGAAGUUCCCUCAUGUAAAAUGCUUUGCGCAUACGUUAAACCUCGCUGCGCAGCGGGCGCUUAAGCUACCAGCGGUCUCCAGGCUUCUGGGCAGAGUCCGACGUAUCUCAGCAUACUUCCACCGCAGCACAAAGGCAAAGCACCUGUUUGAAGAAAACCAGAGAGUUGUUCUUAAACUGACAAGUCCACUUAAACUGAUAACAGAUGUCGCCACAAGGUGGAAUAGUGCUCAUGAUAUGAUGGAGAGGUUUUUGCAACUGCAAGCUGCAUUGCAUGCCACCCUGCUGUCCCCUGCCCUAAAUGUAGAUGAAAGUGACAUCGUCACUCUCAGCAGAGCCGAUCUGGCUAAUGUGGAGGAAGUAGUGAAGACAUUAAAACCAGUGAAGGAUGCCACUGUGUUUAUGUCAGAGGAGAGCAGUCCUACAGUCAGCCUAAUUGCACCAGUAUAUGCCCAACUCCUCCAGAGCAUGUCCGACAUUAUUGGAGACCAACCACUGAUCCGUGAUGUGAAGAAUGCCAUCAAAACAGAUCUCCUUAAAAGGUACAAUAGUGAGGCAGAGAAAAAGAUCCUUCAUACAUCCUCUGCCCUAGAUCCUCGCUUUAAGGGGUUACCUUUCCUGACAGAGGAGGAGAGAUUGGAUGUCUCCGCAGGAGUGACUUCAGAGGCUGCAUCCCUGGAGGAGUAUGAGAGAAAACAGAGAACAGAAGCAGAUGAAGCGCCUGGCAGAACAGGAAGUUCAGGAACCAAAGAAGAGUUGCUGUCCGUGGAUGACAAUGUGUCAGACUCAGCAGGCCCCUCCGCUCCCAAAAGAAGGGCCUCAUCGCUGCUUUUAAGUUUGCUGGGACCUGCUUUCAUCAAUGACACCAAUGAACCUGCAGUACAAAGUAAGACCGCCGAUGCCAGUGCUGAGGAGGAAAUGGACUUGUACUGUAGAUCCCCAGCUGUGCCUCUCUCUGAGGAUCCCUUGGACUGGUGGCAUCGCCAUAAGGGCACAUUUCCUCUCCUCUCUAGGUUAGCAAAGAGAUACUUGUGCAUCCCCGGGACAAGUGUGUCAGCAGAGAGAGUCUUCUCCACUGCAGGAGAUGUUAUCACUGCAAAAAGAAGCUCUCUCAAAUCAGACCAUGUCGAUCAGCUUGUGUUUUUGCACAAGAACCUUGAAAUUCCCAAAUGCUAA